GUGACGCAAUCCGCCGCAGUGCCGCAUGGGAAGGGCGUGUCAAAGGUCAUGGAUGAACACAACAGACGUGCUGAGGAACAGCCCGGAGGAGAGCCAUGCCUCCUAAGAAGUGCAAUCAGACAAAGGUGAUGAGGAACCACCGAGAACAUCACAAACCUCCCGAGACUGCCACCAUGAACUCUAACAACGACUCAAAGAGCUCCGAUCUCGGCAUCCAAGUCAAGAAGAGGAAAACGACCAUCGCGACCCUGGCAGAAGCGGAGGAAGAGAGCAUGCUAACGUGGCUGAGAGAACACCCCGAGUUGUACAACAAGAAGGCAAAGGAGUAUAAGAAUUUGCGGAGGAAGGAGACACUGUGGCAGGAGAAGGCGUCGGACAUGGGAAGGAGCGUGGAGCAUCUUCAGACUUGGUACAGGAGCAUGAGGACACGGAUGGCCAGGCUGCUGAAGAAUAAGUCUGUGGAAGAACUGACUGACAGGGACACGUGGGUGAUGGAGAACUUUACUUUCCUCCGGAAGCACAUCGAAGCGGUUCACAGAGGGAGGGGACCAAUGAAAAGAAUUGCUCAGGGACCGGGUCCUCCAGUGAGCCAGGGUACGCUGGACCCAGUCACAAACCACAUCCUGCUGAUGCAGCAGCAGCUGAUGGAGCGGCUGCAGCCGCAGGGCGACCAGGAGAGGCUGGGGUUCGCCGAGUGGGUCCGGGCGACGCUGGUCAGCCUGCAGCACGACGUGUGGCGACGCGCCCAACGGGACAUCAUCGACGUCCUCCACCGCGCCAUACGGGAGAGUGACGCCGCGCAACAACCGUCCGACACCAGUAGUCCGAAACUGUCCACUGCUCCUAGUACGAGUACAGGAUCCACAGUACCGCCAUCAUUAACCGCGAACCCCGGAACCUCCUUCGACCGGUACAACCGGCUUCCUUCUAGUCAGCAAAUGUGGCAGACGCCGAUAAACCAGUGGACAUCCCAGGUUCAGAACAGCAGCAGUUCCUUCACGUGAACUUCCUGUGUUCUCCUUCUAAGAUUGAGUCUUUAGUUUAAUAAGUGCAAUUUGUGCCCGUCCCACGAAAUCUUACUUGCUAAUUUGGACUGGUGGCAAGAUUUCUUUCCAAAUCAACCUACAGCGUCAAAACCAUCAUGCAAGGAACAAUACAAGGAGGACGAAAGAGGAAUAGACAAUGUAAGAGAAGAAAGGAUAACAUCAAAGAAUGGACAGGCAUGAAACAUGCAAAUAAAAAUUACGUAAAUGGAGAAGGAUGUGCUGUAUGGUGAUGGAGAAACAUUAUACAUUUAUUCCAUUGCAAAAGGGAUGUAGGGAGACCCUAGCACACCAAGUCAUUGAGGGAGUGACUAUCCCAGACA